GGCGGCCGCCUCAGUGCGCGGCGCGGCGCGGCGGGACGGGGCCGGCGGGGCGAGGGGACGGGGCCGAGGACGAGGACGGAGCGGGCCUGCUCGGCCCGGAGCGGUUUGCUAAGUAUAGAAAAACAGUCCUGAAAAUGUUGUCCAGACUCUUUCGAAUGCAUGGCCUUUUUGUGGCUUCUCAUCCAUGGGAAGUCAUUGUGGGAACAGUGACUCUCACCAUCUGUAUGAUGUCGAUGAAGAUGUUCACUGGGAACGAUAAGAUCUGUGGCUGGAAUUACGAGUGCCCAAAACUUGAAGAAGAUGUUCUGAGCAGUGACAUCAUAAUACUGACAAUCACACGCUGUAUAGCAAUCCUUUAUAUAUAUUUCCAAUUUCAGAACCUAAGGCAACUUGGAUCAAAAUACAUUUUAGGUAUUGCUGGCCUCUUCACAAUCUUCUCAAGUUUUGUUUUUAGCACAGUGGUAAUUCACUUCUUGGAUAAAGAAUUGACAGGUUUAAAUGAAGCUUUACCAUUUUUCCUGCUUCUGAUUGAUCUUUCAAGAGCAAGUGCAUUAGCCAAAUUUGCACUAAGUUCCAAUUCACAGGAUGAAGUAAGAGAAAAUAUUUCACGUGGAAUGGCAAUUUUAGGCCCCACGUUUACACUGGAUGCACUUGUGGAGUGUCUUGUGAUUGGUGUUGGUACUAUGUCAGGAGUGCGACAGCUUGAAAUUAUGUGCUGUUUUGGCUGUAUGUCUGUUCUUGCCAACUAUUUUGUCUUCAUGACCUUCUUUCCAGCUUGUGUAUCCUUGGUAUUAGAGCUUUCCCGAGAGAGUCGUGAAGGACGUCCAAUAUGGCAGCUUAGCCAUUUUGCUCGUGUUCUGGAAGAAGAAGAAAAUAAACCAAAUCCUGUAACACAGAGGGUCAAAAUGAUUAUGUCACUGGGUUUGGUUCUUGUUCAUGCCCAUAGUCGGUGGAUAGCAGAACCAACUUCUCAGAACAGUACAGCAGAAAAUUCAGUGGGAUUGGAUGAGAACGCACCAAAGAGAAUUGAACCUAAUGUUUCACUAUGGCAGUUCUACCUUUCUCGAAUGGCCAGUAUGGAUAUUGAGCAAGUAAUCACUCUCGGAUUAGCCCUUCUCCUUGCAGUGAAAUACAUUUUUUUUGAGCAAGCAGAGACUGAAUCCACGCUUUCACUGAAGAAUCCCAUAAUAUCUCCAGUGAUGGUCCAGAAGAAAGUCCCUGAGAAUUGUUGCAGGAAACAAUCUGGACUUUUGAAAAACAAUCAGAAAUCUAACACAGUAGAAGCAGCUUUUGUUCCCAGAGAUGACAAUGCAGAAGUCAUAAAACCUGUACUAGCAGAGUCAUCAACCAAGGCUACGUUUGUAGUUGGCAGCAGCAACCCUGUGGAAACUACCUCAGUUAUUAAUAGAAAAGAGGAGGAAGUCGAGUUACCUAAAGAACCUCGUUCUAUUGAGGAAUGUGUUCGUAUUCUUGGGAAUGCAGAGAAGGGAGCAAAAUUCCUCACUGAUGCUGAGGUUAUCAGCUUAGUUAAUGCUAAGCAUAUUCCUGCAUACAAACUGGAAACCUUGAUGGAAACUCAGGAGCGAGGCGUGUCCAUUCGCAGACAAAUGUUAUCACAGAAACUCCCUGAACCUUCUUCUUUGCAAUAUCUUCCUUAUAGGAACUAUAAUUAUUCUUUGGUUAUGGGAGCUUGCUGUGAAAAUGUGAUUGGCUAUAUGCCUAUUCCUGUAGGCGUAGCAGGACCAUUGUAUCUGGAUAACAAAGAGUUUCAGGUUCCGAUGGCAACAACAGAAGGAUGUCUUGUAGCAAGCACCAAUAGAGGAUGUAGAGCAAUAUGUCUUGGUGGAGGAGCAAGUAGCCGCAUUCUAGCAGACGGGAUGACUCGAGGACCUGUUGUAAGGCUGCCCAGCGCUUGCCAGGCUGCAGAAGUGAAGGCUUGGCUUGAAAGCCCUGAAGGCUUUAAAAUAGUGAAAGAAGCUUUUGACAGCACUAGUAGGUUUGCCCGCCUACAAAAACUUCUCAUAAGUUUGGCUGGUCGGAACCUUUAUAUCCGUUUUCAGUCAAGAACAGGGGAUGCAAUGGGAAUGAAUAUGAUUUCCAAAGGUACUGAAAAAGCUCUGGCAAGACUGAAUGAAGAGUUUCCGGAUCUUCAGGUUAUAGCUAUCAGCGGUAACUACUGUACAGACAAAAAACCCGCUGCUAUAAACUGGAUAGAAGGAAGAGGGAAGUCUGUUGUCUGUGAAGCAGUCAUUCCAGCCAAAGUUGUUAAAGAAGUACUGAAGACAACUACCGAAGAUAUAGUUGAAGUGAAUAUAAACAAAAAUUUGGUGGGUUCUGCUAUGGCUGGUAGCAUAGGUGGCUACAACGCACAUGCAGCAAACAUUGUUACAGCUAUCUACAUUGCCUGUGGUCAGGAUGCUGCGCAGAAUGUGGGCAGCUCUAACUGCAUCACUUUGAUGGAGCGGACUGGUGCCACCAAUGAAGACCUGUACAUCAGCUGUACGAUGCCAUCUAUAGAAAUAGGAACUGUUGGCGGAGGCACCAACUUGCUACCACAGCAGGCCUGUUUGCAGAUGUUAGGGGUUCAAGGUGCAAGCCAAGAUAACCCUGGUGAAAAUGCCCGUCAGCUUGCUAAAAUUGUAUGUGCUACAGUGAUGGCUGGGGAGUUAUCUCUAAUGGCAGCUCUUGCUGCUGGGCAUCUAGUCAAAAGCCACAUGACCCACAACAGGUCAAAAAUAAAUCUGCAAGAUCUGCAAGGAACCUGCACCAAGAAGGCAGCUUGAAUACUAAAGCUUUGAAAUGAAGAAUUGUUCCACCAACUGACUAGGUGCACAGAAAAAAAAAUAAUGUAAUCUGUGAAGUUUAGAAUGAAAAUCACCUUUGAUUCAGAUUUCUGGGGAUGAUAAACUGAGAGAUAAUGGACUUGUGUGAGACAAUUUCUUCAGUGGUUAGAGAUAACUUCAUGAAAGAAGUCCUGUCAGCUGUCUUGAACAUAGCUUUGGAAUUCUCACGCUUACACAUCAUCUUCUGAAGGGUCAGUCCCAUGUUUUUACAAGUUGACAUUACUUCAACUUGUAAACUCCUAGUAACUACCAAGGUGAAAAGUGAUAUGUACUUUGUACAGUUGUUUGUUUUGUUGUUGGUGGCUUUUUUCUCUUCUUUUUUGUUGGUUGGUUUGUCCAACCUUGGCUUGAAUGCAUUGGUCCUUCUUAAAGUGAUGGCAAACCUGAUCACUUUCCAUGAACUCCCAGUUUUAAUUUCUUUCAGAUGUUAAAGUUAGGUCUUUAGCUACGAGACAUUUUUAUUAAAUCACAGUAGCUUUAUAGAAACCUCUGUCAAUAUACAGUACUUAUUUGCUGCUGCUUCAGCUAAGCAGCAUUCAAUGUUGUAACUCUACAAUUUAGGUUAUUCCUUUAAAGAAAACUUGUGACCUACGAAGUGCUGACCUGUUAAAUAUAAUAUGUACUGAAGUGGGGAAAAUAUCUUAACUGUUCUGUCAUUUUCUUCAGGUACAAAAAAUUGAAACUGAUUACAUGUCAGAGCAUAAUAAUUUAAGCAAAUGCAGCUUCUUGAACUUCUUGAUUAGGAGUGCAUUCAAACAACAAAAGUCAGUAACAGAUGUUUACACUUCUUAAAAGAGGUCUCUUAAUGUACAAUGUGUUUGCAUAUUGCUAAAUGUUUUUUGUUCUUAGUGUUUGGCACUUAGUCCCCAGGAAUAGGUGUGUAUCCACUGCUUACGCUGAGAUAAAAUGAAGCCAGAAAAUCAUACUGUUCUUUAAUGCUAAAGGGUUUUUUUAAUGUUUUAAUUCUUUUAAAACCUUUUUUUUGGGGUGGGGGGGGUGGGGGUGGGGUGGGGAGUAUUUAUUUAAGAAGUCUUUUUUUAAAUGAAAAGUACUAAUUAAAGGAAUUCAGUGAAAUGACAUGUUAAUACAGCAGAUUUUGUAUUAAAAUAUUGUACUUGGACCAGUGAAGCAGUCUCAGGUGUUCUUAAUGUAAUAGAGAAAACAGUUGUAUUCUAGUUUGAUUCACUUUUUGGAAGAUUGUUAAAUGCCUUGCCCUGUCUAGUUGAUCACAGGAGGGAAAUCGUUAAUAUGCUUGAUAAUGAUUUUUAGGGGGAGAGGGGUGGAAGGGGAUUUAGGGUGGAAUCAGUGGAUUGGACUAGCUGGAUUUCUUAGAGGAAUGCAGUGGCAUUUUUCAUGGGGUGACUAGCAGAGGUGCUCUUCAAAGUGCAACUUCGAUAUAAAUCAUGAUGAGUUGUUUUGUAGUACAUCAACAAAUUAAUAUUACUGUAAUGAGCUCAUAAAGCUACUGUGCAAGCAUGAAGUCAUACAUGCUAGAUAUGCUAUGAUAGCAUGUAAAUACCAUGAAUGUUUAUCUUCCUGCAGUAUUGUUGUUAAUAGCUACCAUUUUAUUUAAGGAGGAACUACUUGGUUUCUAUGUUCAUUCAGUGAGCUUAUUUAAAGUAACACUGUACUGGCAAUAAAUGGUGGUUCAGUGUUCAUUUUGGUGGAUUUAACUGACAUUCUGUCUUGCAGAAUUAACAUUUUGUAUUAUUACUAAAUUGUGUACAUUUUGGUACAGAACUACUUUUUCAGUUUCAGUAAAACAGUGGAAAACUUACUGGUUUAAUUGUGAUAUUUUAAGGUUAUCUUAUGACACUGAUCUUAUUAAGCAACAUAAAAUGAAGCUUAAGGACUGCAAUACAGUACUCAACACAGUGGGGAUAUGAUACUAGAAUAUUUUAUUGCAGAAGCCUGUAAACAUUAAAUAAAAUAAAAGUUAAAUUAUGUGGUUUGUCCAUUUCACUUCAGCAUUAGCGGUACCUUUUGUUGAGGCUUGUUUGUGUGCUUCUUAUGUCUCCCACA